AAACAAUCUUAGUCGGUAAUUUUCUGGAGUUAUUUGUAUGCACUCCCAAGUCCUCACAAAAUGGACAAGAAAAAUGGCGACUCUGCAUCACCAUCGCCAUAAUUGCAAUAGACGAUUAACCAUCUGCAGGCAAUCAUGGCGUCUGAUCGCCAUCCUCAAGCUAAAAUGCAAAACCGUAGCUCACAUCCACCAACUCCAAGCUCAAGCCGUCACCAGAGGUUGCCUCUGUCCUCACAACGAAACUCCUCUCCUUCCUCAACUCCUCCAUUCCUUCACUUCCUUCUUACGUCCCCUUUCCACCCCUGCUGUUUUUGCUCAUCUUCACUUUGCCACCGCCAUUUUCGGUCUCAUCCGCAAGCCAUCUUCCUUCUGUUACAACGCCGUCAUUCGAUCCCACACCCUUCUUUCUUCCCCCCAUACUGCCAUCACUUUCUUCAUUGAAAUGCAGAGAUCCGGCGUCGCCCCUGACUCGCACACUUUCCCUUUCGUGCUCAAGGCUUGUGCUCUGUUUCGUUCGAUUUUCCUCUCGAGGGGCCUCCAUUGUCAAGCUCUGAGACUCGGGUUCUUGGUGGAUGUGUAUGUGGUCAAUAAUCUUGUUCACGCUUAUUCCUUAAGCGGCGGGGUGGAUAGUGCAUGCAAGGUGUUUGAUGGGAGUUCUCGCAGGGAUGUAGUGUCGUACAACGUGAUGAUUGACGGGUUUGUAAAAGCUGGCGAGAUAGUUAAGGGGAGGGAAGUAUUCGAUAAAAUGAGUGUGAGAGACUCGUUUUCCUGGGGUGCCCUUAUCGCAGGGUAUGCUAGAACGGGCCAUUGCAGGGAAGCCAUUAGUCUGUUCGAUGAAAUGUUAGUCUCUGAUGUUCAACCUUGUAAUACAUCGUUGGUUUCGGUGCUGUCCGCUUGCUCACAACUAGGGAAUCUAGAGAAAGGAAAGGCCGUGCACGAUCACAUUAGGCAAACAAAUGGGGUUUCCAUAGGUGAUGCCUACUUAGCUACUGGCCUGGUCGACAUGUAUGCCAAAUGCGGCUCCAUUGAGACGGCUAUGGAUAUUUUCCAGACAUGUUGUGAGAAGAAUAUAUUUACAUGGAAUGCCAUGCUCUUUGGGUUAGCCAUUCACGGUGAUGGAAAGUUGUUGUUGGAUCACUUUUCACGGAUGAUGGACUCGGGCACCCCACCGGACGGGGUGACCUUUCUUGGCAUGUUGGUCGGGUGCAGCCAUACGGGCCUGGUUGACGUAGCAAGGAUUCUUUUCGGAGAGAUGGAGAGCGUGUAUGGGGUCCCACGAGAGUUGAAACACUACGGUUGCAUGGCGGACUUGUUUGGGCGUGCGGGUUUGAUCAAAGAAGCCGUUGAGAUGAUAGAGAUGAUGCCGAUGAAGGGUGACGUGUUUGUUUGGGGCGGUCUGCUGGGAGGGUGUCGGACGCAUGGGAACCUUGAACUUGCGGAGAAGGCAGCCAGGCGGAUAGCGGAGAUUGAACCAAAAGAUGGAGGGGCUUCCUCGGUAAUGGCGAGUGUGUACGCGGAUAGAGAGCGUUGGGAUGACUUGGUGAAGGUUAGGAGGAGAGGUGCUGCCAACAAGAAGAUUGUUGCUGCUGCUGGAUGCAGUGUGAUUCAAGUGAAUGGCUUUGGGGCAGUGGCACUCGACCCAAUCUCAAAUGAAAAGGAAACUUCCUUAAAAAAUGUUUAAUAAACUUGGUCUUCUAUGUUCAAUUACUACAAGCUUAAUGGUUCACACCAAUCUCAAAUGGUGAAAGCUUUUGGGCUUUUCAAAAAUCAAUUUGUUCAAUCAAUUGAUCUUGACAGUUGAAAAUGGACAUGUCACUUGAGUAAAGAGCAUCUUUAAUGAGGAAGUGAAUUGUAUCUCCUAAAAAAUGGACAUGUAACUUGAAUAAAGGGCCUAUGCAGGUGAGGU